UUACAGAUUGAAGAUCCAGGUUGCUUCUGGGUUAUUAUAAAAGGAAAUAGUACCUUUUUAGAUCAUGAAAUUGACUACCAAAAACUAAAUAGCGCCAUGAAUGACUUCUAUAAUAGCACGCGUCAAGACAUAGAAAUAAAACCAUUAAUGUUGGAAGAAGGGCAGGUUUGUGUGGUUUAUUGUCAGGAACUCAAGUGCUGGUGCAGGGCUGUCAUUAAGUCAAUCGUGUGUUCAGCAGAUCAUUACCUGGCAGAGUGUUUCCUUGUGGAUUUUGCCAAGUACAUUCCAGUGAAAUCGAAAAACAUCCGAGUUGCAGUAGAAACUUUUAUGCAGCUUCCCUACAGAGCGAAAAAAUUCAGACUGUAUUGUACCAAACCUGUUACAUUACACUUUGACUUUUGUGAAGACAGUGCAAAAAUUGUACCCGCCAAGAAGUGGGACACUGCAGCUAUUCAGUACUUUCAGAACAUCCUGAAAGCAACUACCCAGGUGGAAGCCAAAUUAUGUGCUGUAGAAGAUGAUACUUUUGAGGUUUAUCUUUAUGUAACUAUAAAAAAUGAAAAAGUUUGUGUUAAUGAUGAUCUGGUUGCAAAGAACUUCGCUUGUUAUGUAUCACCCAUGGAGAAUAAAAACCUUGAUUCUUUAGAGAAACCAAGAUUGAGUAUAAAGUCAGCAUCCUUUCCCAGUAAACUCAAUCCAGCACUUAGUCUUUGGCCAAUGUUUUUGCAAGGAAAAGAUUCUCAAGGAAUGGAAAAGUCACAUGGUUUAACUUUUCUGGCGCAGUCUCUCCAGCAUUCGCGGCCCAAGCGUGUUGUGAGUGAUCCAGGGCCAACAGCUACUAUCCUGGAUAAAACCAUGAAAUGUAAAGUGGCUUCCUUGCCUGGUUCACCUAAAAAUAUAUCUGAAAAGAAACAACAGUGCAUCUCUUUAAAAGAUGAAAAUAAGUGUGUUGAAUCUUCAGUGUAUUGGCCAACAAAAAGAGGCAUAACCAUAUAUGCUGAUCCAGAUAUUCCAGCCGACAGUGCUUUACGUCAGAAGUCAAAUGAGAAACCACUCAGAUUGGCUGAGAAGAAAGAAUACAAUGAGAAGAAUGGCUGUGUAAAAUUAUUGCAGUUUUUAAAUCCUGAUCCUUUGAGAGCUGAUGGAAUCUCUGAUCUGCAUCAGUUGCAGAAGCUGAAGGCGGGCGCACAGCAGGCCUCUGCAGUGCUCCGGAACAGGAUUGAGCCCUGCUUGUCCAUCGACACGGCGCCGCUUUCGGCAGACCUGAAAAAGGCUCUUCAAAGAAAUAAGUUUCUGGGACCUAGCCACACCGAAUCUUACUCCUGGCCUCCCAUAGCGCGUGGCUGUGACGUGGUUGUCAUUUCUCAGUGUGGAAAUGACCCUCUGUUGUACCUUCCACCAGUGCUUACGCUUUUGCAAACAGGGGGCUGCUACAAGUCAUUACCAAGUAGAAACGGACCUCUGGCAGUCAUCCUGUGUCCGGGGUGGAAAAAGGCCCAAUUUAUUUUUGAGUUAUUGGGAGACUAUGGCGUGUCCUCCAAGCCUCUUCAUCCUAUGUUGUUAACAAUUGGACUCCACAAAGAUGAAGCCAAAAAUAUGAAGCUUCCAAGGGGGUGUGAUAUAAUGGUUACAACACCACAUAGCCUCCUGAGACUUCUCAGAUAUCAAAGCUUGUUAUUUCUUAGACUCUGUCACCUCAUUUUGGAUGAGGUGGAAGUAUUAUUCUUUGAAGCUAAUGAACAAAUGUUUGCUAUAUUAGAUAACUUUAAAAAAAAUAUUGAAGUUGAAGAAAGGGAAUCUGCACCACAUCAAAUUGUUGCAGUUGGAGUUCAUUGGAACAGACAUAUACAGCAUUUAAUCAAAGAGUUCAUGAAUGACCCCUACAUCGUGAUCACUGCCAUGGAAGAGGCUGCUCUCUACGGCGGUGUCCAACAGGUNGUACAUCUUUGCCUAGAAAGUGAAAAAACCUCCACUUUACUCCAGACUCUUGACUUCAUUCCAAGUCAGGCACAGAAGACCUUGAUCUUCACCUGCUCUGUAGGUGAAACUGAAAUAGUGUGUAAGGUGGUAGAAAGCAGUUCAAUAUUUUGCUUGAAAAUGCAUAAAGAAAUGGUUUUUAACUUAAAAAGUGUAUUAGAACAGUGGAAGAAGAAGUUAAGUUCUGGCUCUCAGAUUGUAUUAGCCUUAACUGAUGACUGCAUACCACUGUUGGCCAUUACUGAUGCCACGUGUGUGAUUCACUUCAGCUUUCCUUCCUCACCAAAAAUUUUUGGUGGACGCCUGUAUUGCAUGUCUGAUCAUUUUCAGAGUUUACCUGAACAGGGUUCUCCUGCAAAACAGGGAGGUAAAAAGGCCAAAUCUGUCUUGCUGUUGACGGAGAGAAGUUCAUGCCAUGCUGGGGGUGUUUUGCGAUACUUGGAAAGAGCAGAUGCCAAGAUUCCUUCGGAGCUGUAUCAGUUUACUGCAGGCGUUCUAGAAGCGAAGGAGGACAAGAAAGCCGGAAGGCCUCUCUGUCCGUAUCUUAAGGCUUUUGGAUUUUGCAAAGACAAAAGAAUUUGUCCUGAUCGACACCAUAUUAAUCCAGAAAUAGACAAUCCAAGAAAAUUAUCCAACCAGGCUAUACCAUUGUUUGGAUACAUUAAAAUAAUACCCUUUUACAUUUUGAAUGCAACAAAUUACUUUGGUCGUAUAGUUGAUAAACAUGUGGAUCUUUAUGCAACUCUGAAUGCUGAAAUGAAGCAGUAUUUUGAGGAUUCCAGUAAUAAAACAACCAUUGAAAAGGUGGAGAAAUUUGGAUUAUACGGAUUAGCAGAGAAAACACUUUUUCACAGAGUUCAGGUGUUGGAGGUGAGCCAAAAAGCAGACACGCCGGCCCUCGAGACUGUCCUUGUGAAGUUUAUAGAUGAAGGCAGGACUGGACCCAUCCCCAGAGAUCAGCUGCUGCAUCUCCCAGAAAACUUCCAGGCUCUGCCCCCCCAAGCCAUGGAGUUCAUUGUUUGUGUGGGCUGUGCUGACGGCCAGCCUGCAGAGACCCAGCUCUGA